AUGACGAGGCAGAAUACUCGCGCAGCAACUCACCAGGCAGCCCGAAAGCGGCUCGCGGGCGCCUGCAAGGCCUGCCAUGAUCGAAAAGUGAGGUGCAGUCUGGCAAAGUCUGGCCCACCCUGCACAAACUGCUCGCUGGAUGAGGUUGAGUGCGAGCUCCGAGCUCGCAAGUCGCAGAAGUGCGUAUCUCUCGAUGGCGUACCAAAAGACCGAGGUGACGCCCAUGCCACUCCUCCCGACUCGGUGUCCCACAGCGAGAAUGCGAGUGAAUCGAGUUCCAGUCAUUUCCGGCCAUUCAGGUCGCACUUCAGCCACUUCGAAGAAGACGAUGCGCUGAACGCGGACGCGCUUCUAGCCGACACUCCCAUGUAUGCUGACCCCAAGGGCGUUUGUGCCAUUGCAAACAUUUGCGAGCCCGACGGAGCAGAGAAGAGUGGUCACUUCCUCCUUCCGAAUGGCAUAGUCUCCCUUCUGGAUCCUGAUGAUCUCGAAUACCUGCAACGCAAGGGUGUCUUCGUAUUCCCUGAACCCCAGGUGCGCGAUGACUUGAUUCGAACAUACUUCCAUUAUGUCCACCCAUUCCUCCCAAUUCUCGACGCUCAAGACAUCCUCUCCCAUCAUGAAAGCGCCGCACUGGAUAAGAUUGGACCUCAUCUUUUAUGGUCCAUGUACCUCGCAGCAUGCAACUUCGUAGAGGAGGAUGUCGUUCGGAGGGCUGGAUUUCCAACCAGAAAGAAAAUGAAACGGUCAAUCUAUCGCAAAGCAAAGGUUCUCUACGACAUGCAAUACGAGAGAGAUAGAACAAAGCUGAUACAGGCGGUGCUGUUGAUGAGUUUCUGUUCUUCUGACACGGAAGAUAAAACAGGCCCCUGGCACUGGAUCGGAGUCGCUAUCAGUCUCUGCCAGACGGCAGGCCUACAUCGAAACCCCGACUCAGCGGCGAGCCACAUCCCGCAGCAGCACCAAAGACUCUGGCGCCUCAUCUGGUGGUCAUGUGUUCAUCAGGAUGUAUGGUUCUCGGUUGGCAUGGGCAGACCGAUGCGUAUCAAUUUGGAUGACUGCGACACUCAACUGCCAGCCACCGGUGAUUUCUAUGCCGCGAUUGCAGGUAUUUCGGAUACGCUUCGUGAGAAUUAUCUGCCGUCUGCCAUGGGUGACCUAUCACAGCUCUUUCUCGAGUUAAUAAGACUUGGCAUCGCCCAAGCCAACAUAUUGUCAAAACAUUAUCGUAUUCGCCAGAUACAACCGAAUUCAGCCGACGUCGCGGGCAUUGAGCAGCGAAUAUCAGCAAUACAUGACAAAGUGAGCUGUUUCAGAUACUCCGAAGACCGCACGGUUUGCUAUCACGCCUACCACUUGGAACUUUUCUUGCAAUCAGUUCGAAUCGUCUUGUACCGGCCGUACGUUCAGAGCUUAUGCCAGAAAACUCCUCCCAGCAUUUCCCAGGAAUUGGGCUUGUUGAUGGAGCGGAAAGCCAAGACGGCAGCGGCAGGAUUCAACCAAACACUCGAGGCCCUUAUAAAUGCAGAUAUGAUCUCGACGUGCCAGGGACCUGUUUGCAUUGCGCUGGUGCCACCGAUGCAAGUUCAUCUCCUGAAUUCAACAUCGGUAAAACCACUUGUAGCGACCAUGGGACGACACAGCCUUGACAUAUGUAUGCUCGUCGCCGAUGAGCUCCGCAAGACAUACUUCGGAGCAGAACUUGUCUACAGGCUAUUCUCCCUGGCCAAGACACAGAUAAAUAAUGGCAAGAGGAGGCAACUAUCAACUAAUGAUUCCCAAGCAGCUAGCAACACCAACCUCCAGAAUUCGAUGCCACACUUAUUACAUGGUACAAGGGAAAGAAUAGACGCUAUAACGAAUCAAGACUCUACCUUUGCCGGCUUUGAAGGUAUUCUUGAAGGAUAUGACUUUGCCCUGGUAGGCUCGAAUUUCGACUUUACGGCCCCAAUAAUAUCUGGUGAUAAUACUUCUUUAAGUCAGUUCAGUAAAUGGUACCCGGAUUUACCUGUUGAGGACUGCUUUUAGGGGAACGACAUGGACUGAAUAGUUCGCCUGAC